CAUAUAAAAUAUCUGGGUUAUCGCUAGACGCAAUUGCAUACUUUAACAGCUGAUUGUCAAGGCUUUGUUUGUAAACCACAGUGAGUUGCAGUUUAGAGUAUUACAAAAUGCCUGUACAGGACGAAUGGUGCGCCGACAAGCUCUCGAAUUUGCUGCAGGAAGAGCUGAGGAUCUCCACCUUAAGUGAGCUUCGCGACCACUUAAAGGCUCUGCCCCAUGAUGAAGCCGCCACUAUGUCCAGCGGGCUGCAGCUGCCCCUGGUCUUCGACUGCCUCAAUGAUUCUAACUCAGAACAGGUGGACUUGGCUUGCGAAGUCCUCACUUUAUGCCUCAGCAGCCUGCACCUUGGGGAGAGCACGCAGCGCUAUAGGACUUCGCUAGAACGCGCCCUAGUCCAUCCUUAUCCUGCUGUGAAGAGCAUGGCCCUUAACGAAAUCGGCCGCUCCAUUUCCAAUGAGGAAGUGUUGUGCUCCCUUUGCGAACAAACCACUUUGAUGCUGAACAUCGUCAACUGUCUGGGAGAUGCUGAUUUGGGAGUGGCUAAAAGGGCGUCUGAGGUUUUGGAGACAUUGGGCGUCACUGUGCCCGGAGCCAACCGACUGGUGAGCAACGAGGUUCUGAUUCCUCUGCAGGAGUUGCUGAGUUGCAACGAGGUGGUGAGGAUGCGGGUUUAUGAGUUGUUGGUCACCAUUUCCAAGCUAUCAGAGUACAGCUUUGGCAAAUUCAAGUCAAUGGGACUGAUCAGCCGGGUUAUUGAGGAAAUCGGCAACAACGACGUGCUGCUCAAGCUCAAUGUGAUUCAGAUUUUAUCCGAGCUAGCCCUUAGCGAGCAUGGCUACGUCUUUUUGGACCAACAAGGUAUUUUCGACAGGAUUUUUGGGCUUAUCAACGAAGACGAGCUUACUACACAACUGUGCCAGCCUGGAAUCCUGAAGUUCUUUGGACAAAUAGGGCAUAAAAAACCCCGCGAACUUCUCGCUAAAUAUCCAGCAAUGUUCGAUCAUCUCUUCGCGAACAUCGAACAAAGCGAUCUGGUUAUCAUUGGAAUUUCCCUAGAUACUAUCGGGUUCAUCGGACAAACCUCCCAUGGGAAACUAGCUCUAGACUCCACAGGCAGUAAGCUGGAGGGCACCGUCCGGAUUAUUGCCAAGCUGCUGCCUUCGCUGCCCACUGAAACGCAAGUGAGGGCCUUGAAUUGCUUGGAAAACCUGCUGAGAGACGAGCGCUAUGACACCAUACAGAUCACUGAGAAAUGGUACAGGCUUCUAGGGGCGGAGCCCAUGGAGCUGAUCGCAAAGUAUGCCAAAAACCCGUUUGCCGAUCUGCGUCUUGCAGGGUUGGGGAUUUUAAAUGCCCUGGCAGGACAGCCCUGGGGGCAGGAGGCCAUAAGAAACUCUCCAGGCUUGGUGGAGUUUUUGCUGGACCGCAGUGUGGAAUCAGUAAAAGAGUGCAAGCAGGCGAAGUACGUCAUAGUGAAGUUGCUAGCGCAAAGUCUGGUCUUCGACCAGAAUCUCCAAGAACGGAUUGAGGAGUACGUGAAGGAAGGCCCGUUCUACGUGCAGGCUGUGACCGAAGUGGCUGUUGAAGGGAACUGAUUUGCUAGAAUAAAAUUACUUUUUCAUA